GGAAGGUUGGAUGUUUGUUUCCAUGAGCGUAGAUGGUAAUAAACAAAAUAGCUAGUGGAUCCACGGUCUUGGUUCUUCGAAACAUUGUGUUCUUCCAGCUGUGCAGUUGACAUUGAACUUUGACGGUCACGUGUUAAACAGAUAACAGAAUUAUUAGAGGAUUUUGUUGUUCACAAGUCAUUCCUGCAUAUCGUGCGUUGUCAGAAACGUGCGAAUUCGGCUGAAGGUAGCAUCUAACGCCGGCAGUUUUCAACGAUGUCUUCAAACAAGUUCAGAAUUGCACUGGUUCAACUUGUGGUUGGUGGAACAAAGGAAAAUAAUGUAAAAAAAGCCAUAGACUUCAUUAAGCAAGCGAAGGAAAAAGGAUCUGAUGUUGUCAUUCUUCCUGAAUGCUUCAACUCACCAUAUGGAACAAAAUAUUUCUCCAGUUAUGCUGAGGAAAUUCCCAGUGGUGAGACAAGCAAAGCAUUAUCACAAGCAGCUAAAGAAAAUAAUGUCUAUUUAAUUGGUGGGUCUAUUCCUGAACGGGAUGGAAAUAAGUUAUAUAACACUUGCACAAUCUGGAAUAGAUCCGGCCAGAUGGUGGCUAAACACCGAAAGGUCCACCUCUUUGAUAUUGAUAUACCUGGUGGAAUAACAUUCAAGGAAUCUGAGACACUAUCACCGGGAAACCAGCUAACUGUAUUUGAAACAGAGAUGUGUAAAAUAGGUGUUGGAAUAUGCUAUGACAUUAGAUUUGAAGAAAUGGCUCGCAUCUAUAGAAACAUGGGUUGUCAGCUAUUGGUGUAUCCAGGAGCAUUUAACAUGACAACGGGACCUUUACAUUGGCAGCUGCUACAGAGAGCUAGAGCUGUGGACAACCAAGUGUAUGUUGCUGGUGUUGCACCAUUGACUGAGAAAGGUUCAGAUUAUACUUCAUGGGGCCAUUCUACUCUUGUUGAUCCCUGGGGCAAAGUAGUAGUUGAAGGAGAAUUUUCAGAAGAAAUUCUGUAUGGUGAUAUUGAUUUAUCCACUGUGAAAGAAGUAAGGCAACAGAUACCAGUUUCUAUGCAGAGACGAACUGAUUUGUAUGACACUGUUAAAAAAGGUGAAAUCUGACUGAUUUUUGCCGUGUAAAAUUAUUUGUUUGGUGCCAUGCUUUUGUGUAGUUACAAAUAAUUUGUAAUGAAAUGGAAAAUCUGUACUGUGUAUUCAGAAUCUCUGCUGUUCAACUGGCGUACUACACCUGUAACUGCCAUUGAUCUACUGAUAUGAAAACAAUCUAAAAUAAUAUUUUUGAUAUGAUGUAUCUAAGGGAUGGUGUCAUUGUGAAUGAAUUUUGAUUUGAAAAUAAAUGUUUCUGUUGGGAUGCCUUAUCAGGAACAAAAAAUUUGUA